CAAAGCCCUCAUAAUGACUAAUCUGCCGCUGUCGAUGACAAAUGCACUCAUUACAUUACUGACUUAGGCAGCUAGCCCUCAUGUCGACUGCACGUAGCUCGCUAGAGCGUUCGAUCAACCACCCAUAAUUUCUCGAAGUUGAUCUCAGUGAGUUUUUGGACCUUCUUAGAAAACUCACACAUCACAAUGAGAGCGAUUGGCGUGCAUGGCGGCAAAGGAAGUGCUGAUGCUCUUUUCAUUGAGGAGAUCCCGAUCCCGGAGCCGAAAUGUGGCGAUGCUCUGGUUAAAAUCAAAGCAUUCGGUUUGAACCGAAUGGAUCUACUUCAGCGGGAGGGCAAAUAUCCUGUUCCUCCGCAAGCCCCAAGUACCAUGGGUGUAGAGUUCUCUGGCGUGAUUGAGAAAGUUGGACCAGCUGAUGGCAACGGCUUUCAUGUGGGCGAUGAGGUUUUCGGUCUGGCGUAUGGUGGUGCAUAUGCCGAGUACAUCGCUGUAUCCACAAACAUGUUAAUACAUAAGCCAUCCGAAAUGACAUGGAUAGAGGCAGCAGGGAUACCGGAGACAUGGAUAACAGCCUGUCAAGCCCUGUACUUGAUUGGUGGUCACAUCCCAGGCAAAUCUGUUCUCUGGCAUGCUGGAGCAUCAUCAGUCUCGAUAGCUGGAAUUCAGCUCGCACUAAAUAGUGGUGCAUCUGCUGUUUAUGUAACUGCCGGGUCCCAGGAGAAGCUCGACUUCUGCGUUCGUCAACUAGGUGCUACCGCGGGGUACAAUUACAGGGAUCGCAGUUGGGCUUCCGAUAUCUUGGAUGCGACCAAUGGUCGUGGCGUUGAUGUUGUGAUCGAUUUUGUUGGUGCGACACAUUUUCAGGGCAACCUGAAUGUAGCGGCGAAAGAUGCUCACAUUGUCCAAUUGGGGCAAAUGAGCGGAUCAGUACUCCCUGCUAAUAUUGACAUCAGUGGUAUUUUGAUGAAGCGGUUGAGGAUUGAAGGCAGCACACUACGCAGCAGAGAUGAACAAUAUCAGAAAAAAUUGCGUGAUCUCUUGGUUAAUCAAGCGCUGCCGAAGUUCAAGAAUGGGGCCUUCAAAGUCUAUGUGGAGAAAGUUUUUCCAUUUGAGGAAAUUGCUGAGGCUCACAAACUGCUUGAGAGCAACCGAACCAAAGGCAAAAUCGUCUGCACCAUCAACUAACUAGUCUGAACAUCGGCCAGUCACUUGUGAUCUGACGCAGCUCAAGUUAGGCGUUCGUAAAUAUUCAGCUAUCUACAAAGCUAGUCAAGAAGACAUCCGCAGCUGUGCUGUACCACUACUUCUCAUGAAAGUUUAUGGAAUCUAUUCGAUAGGAUUCCAGAAGUACUACCCUCCUUGGCAAAUUAGAA